CGCGCCCGUCCCAGGUCGCGGGCAGAGGAGUUUUGGCCCGCGGGGGGAGCCGUAGUCGUCGCUCUUCCCGCUACGUCACUUCUGGAGCAGCGGCUCAGAGAUGUCUGAGAGGAGGGAAUCGGGAGACGAGAGGGCCUCGUCGGAGAGACCGCGGCCGGCCCCGGUGACCAUCAGCGAUGUGCAGGAGCUGGUGCGGCGGAAGGAUGAGAUCGAGGCGCAGAUCAAGGCCUACUACGACGUGCUGGAGGACCAAAAAGGAGUUGGGAUGAACGAGCCUCUGGUGGACGUCGAGGGCUAUCCUCGAGCAGACGUGGAUGUGUAUCAAGUCCGUACGGCAAGGCACAACAUUAUCUGUCUGCAGAAUGACCACAAAGCCCUGAUGAAGCAGGUAGAAGAAGCCUUGCACCAGCUCCAUGCCAGGGGGAAGGAGAAGCAAGCAAGGGAUGCAGCCGAGGCGCAGAAUGAGGCCUUGAACCAAGGCCAGGGCCCGAGCCAGAGUCCCCCUCGGCCCUUUGCUAAAGUGAACAGCAUCAGCCCGGGCUCUCCUGCCAGCAACUCGGGUCUCCAAGUAGAUGAUGAGAUCGUGGAGUUUGGCUCAGUGAAUGCCCACAACUUCCAGAAUCUGCAGAACAUUGGAACAGUGGUCCAGCACAGUGAAGGGCAUCCGUUGCAUGUGGUAGUGCUCCGGGGAGGCGAGAGGCUCCAGCUGAGGCUUGUCCCCAUGCGCUGGGCUGGGAAAGGACUGCUAGGCUGCAAUAUUAUUCCCUUGCAAAGAUGAUUGCCCUUCAGGACUACGACAGAGAAGGCCUCCGCCUUCCCAUCCCCUGGACCUGGAGGUGGCUGGGAUUUCCCUUCUUCAGCUCCUGCUGGGAACUUAAGGCUUUGCAGUAGCUCUGGAUGGGUGAACUCUCUGUCGGGAGUUGGGGAUGCAGUCCUGGCAGGGGUUUUGACCAACAGUCUGCCUAGAUUAAGGCUUGGUUAAAACUUCACAUUUGUUUAGCAUCUCCUUCAAAUUAUGUCUUGGUCUUUAAUGGAAAUUAUUUUUGCUUUUGGAUGAAUGGGGUAGGAAUUUAAUUUGACAGUAUUUUUACUCUUUUAGAGGUUGCUUUAAUUUUUAAAAAAUUUUGGAUAAGAUGUGAUUUGCAGUGUGCUGCUAUGUUGUCCUGAUACACACAGACACACACACAGAGUCCAUUUAAACCAAAGUGUAUGAGGUCAGAGUCUUCCCAUAGACACUCGUAUAUAAAAAGCUGCCAGUGGAGAUGAGCUGAGCUGUCCAGGCAUUUCUGAAAUUGUAACUUGACUCUUAUUUCCUUAUAUCAUCUCUUCCUAGGUUGGGUCUACUGACCAGAGUAUAAUGAUAUUUAAGCUUAGGGGAGGUAACUUAUCUGGAGCUUGGAUGGCUGGGUUGUGAUAUGGUAAAUCUUGAAUGUCUCUGCAACCUCAAAACAGUUUGUAACCACGGACCAAUCAGUACUGCAACUUUUGGGGCAGGUGCUCGGUCUGAUUGGGAGAUGCAAGUCUUCUGCCUCCACAAGGGGGCAGCAAGGGCCCUACUUCUGAAGUCCGGGUCAGAGGAAUCCACUUUUUUUCUCCCCACAAUUAUCUGUGUCUGGUCCAGCACCCUUCUCUUAAGUUGUAAGAUGGAAAUUGUGAAAGUGGACACUGACAUUAACCGAUGGAAAGUCAGAGUUUUUUAGGGUUGGACACUUUCUAAGAGUUUGAAUUUUUUAAACAUGCACUCUAAUAAAUAUCAGUGAUUGCAAGUUACCACCUGA